AUGAUGCAGAGAGGGUUCGAAGACGAGGUCGCCUUUGCGAACGAAAGCAUGAUCACUGUGAAAGUCGGUGAGGCUAUCUUCAUGGUCUCUGAACAUGCUAUACGUGCAUCAUCCGAGUUCGUCGAUGCCGCGAUGAAAGGACCAUGGCAAGAAUCGCAAGAGCGCACCAUCUCGCUGCCCGAAUGCGAUAGAAGCGCCUUUGGCAUUUAUCACCGGUGGCUUCUCACAGGCGUUAUCCACAAUCGACAACGCGCUGAUGAUCAGUUAUCAGCGUUACAGCUAGAGCUGUUGAAGCUACCCCGAUUGUUCAAACUGAGUCAGUACCUACUUGACACCGACUUUCAAGAUGCCCUGAGCGACAGCCUACUUCAAUGUACAAGUGCAUUAGAGUCUAAGAAAUCGCAAUUUCCGCCGAGCUACGGGUCGAAGUAUUACCAAAACGUACCUGAUGGAUCACCAAUCAGACAGCUCGUUGCAGACCUCAUUGCAUGGACCAUGGGCAAACGUCAACUGCAAUUCAUAGUUGGACGAAAGGACAAGAUGGACCCGGAUCUGGCCAUGAACAUCCUCCAGACUGUCGGUGAAACAUACAUAUCUCGAGGGUCUGGCAAAUCGCCGCUUCAUCGCUGGGAGAAUAGCUGCAAGUACCACUGUCACGGUAAUGAGAAGACCUGCUACAGGAAGAAAGCUGAAACGCCUCGCACUAUCCCAACGAAACGCCCAGCUUCUAACGAAGCCCAGUCACCGGAUGCAAAGCGACAAGCUUCAGGACAGUAUGAGUUUUGUGUGGAAGACUCUUCCAUGGGAACCAAAGUCAUCACUGUGCGCGUUGGUCGUGAGCCCAACCAUACCGAUUUCACUGUCCACGAAGAUCCCAUCCGAGCAUCAUCCGCAUUCUUCCAGACUGCCUUUCGUCACGAAUGGCUCGAGUCACAGGAACGCGUCGUCCGACUUCCAGAGUGCGACGCGACAGCUUUCCAGAUUUACACCCAUUGGCUCUACUCCGGCUUACUCUGCGCAAUACCAUCGGGAGCUAGCAGUUCCAACGGCGUAAGCUCGAGUCUUGUAUCUGGCUAUCUUCUCGGGGACUACCUUCAAGAUGGGAACUAUAGAGACACCAUCAUGGACGCCCUGAUCGAGUGGAAUAGAACUACAGACGCUGCCCAGCGAGCGAGCUUCCUUACAUCCUGGACAAACACUGUCUAUGACAAAACCCGAGAAGGAAACCCGCUUCAGAAGCUUCUGGUGGAUAUUACCGUCUGGGAUGCCCCACACAAUUGGUGGGCUUCCGUGAUCGCGAAGAUGCCCGCUAGCCACGUUCAAGACGUUUGCCUGUGUCUAUCUGCACGCUACAAAGCUGCAGGCGCUAAGAACCCACUGCGUCCAGGGAUCAGCAGUUGCGUAUAUCACUCGCACGGAGACAAGCCUUGCGGCGUCACUGAGAAGGCGAAGUGA